AUGGCGGGGUGUAAUUUCCGGGUGAAAAGGAGUAAAACGGCGUCGGAUUGGGUGAGGAGUCUACUGAGGAGCAAAUUCUUCGUCUCGUGCGUGGAUCACGGGCAACUGAGAAAGAGCGAGAAGAAUCUGUUCUGCGUAGAUUGCAACCUCUGCUUGUGUAAGCAUUGCGUCACUUCCCCUGCUCGCCACGGUUGCCUUCACCGCCUCCUGCAAAUCUGCAAAUACGUGUAUCGUGACGUUGUUCGCCUCCAUGAUAUUCAACCGCACCUCGAUUGCUCUCUGAUUCAAGCAUACAAAGUGAAUGGGGAAAAGGCCAUCCACUUGAAUCCAAGACCUCAACUCAAAAAAGAUGUAAAAAGUUCAAAAGCAAAAGUUGUUGGAACUUGCUGCGAAGCUUGUGGGAGGCACAUACAACACUUUCCUAAUCGCUUUUGCUCCAUUGCCUGCAAAAUUUCAACAUACUCGACAACGACAAUAAACCGAAGCCACAAGAUCAUGAUAUCUUCAGAAGGUGGCCAAUUGCCCAAUCUGGAACAGGAAGAAAGUUCCUUUAAUGAAAAUGGAUAUGCUUCAAGCUCCUUCUCUGUAGCCGAGUCCUCGUCUGAGUCCGCCAGAAACCACCACGUCUCCGCCACCGCUGCCAUAGCCGCUCGCCGCUCGCCGUCGCUGCAGGCCGCUCGUCGCCGUGGACGUCCCGCCACCAGACAACAGCCACCCGCCACCGCCGUGUACGUCCCUCCGCCGGUCACAGUAACCAGCCACGUCAACUUCUUGGACGACGUACUUCGCCGGAGGUCAGAGUUGCACCAGCCACACGCACUUGCACCUGGCGGAAGACAGCGUUGCACCGGUUUACGGAGGCUCACCAGGUCCGGCGUCGAUGGAAAAGUCAUCAAUCCGGCGUCGACGGAUAGCUCUUCAUGUGCGGCUUCACGGUCGUGGAGGACAAAGCUCAUCGGCGCACGUCGCCUCUGCGACUGCCGACCGGCAGGAGCCACACCGGAGCCAUCCAGGUUUCUCAUAUCCCUUUAUACUGCGAAGGUCAGGCGGAGCUGUGGCGCUGACGGGCAUAGUGGCGGAGGGCGACACCGGCGCGGCAGGCGGUGGUGGUUCUCGCCACCGGAUACCUGCAACUUCAUUGGUGCGCGUGGUGGCGGAGAUGGCGUGGGUCGGUUGUUGUGGUGGAAGGUGGCGACGCCGGUGAUGUUGCCGGCGAGGACGGCUGGUUGCGCAACUGGAAGACGGUGGCGGACGGCGGUGGCGGAUGGCGGAGGCAAUGCGAGCUGGUGCUGCUAUGGCCAGACGACAGAGGAGAGGAUGCGGACAGGCGAUGGAAGGCGGAGGCGCGGUGAAGGUUUGUGGACGACGACGAUUGUUAAGGCCGUCAAUUUAGAAAUCUCGCCGUGA